CUGGCCCGCCCCUGACCGUUCGGCCCGCCCCUCCUUCCUGGAGCCUCCGCUGAGGCUGAGGCGGCGAGGCGGCCGGGAGGGGGGCGGCUAGGGGCCGGAGCGACACGCGCCCGUCGCGACCCUAUGCAGUAACUCGUGCGGCGCAGGCGCCUCCUGCCCCGCCGGCGGGGCCCAGGCUUACCGCGGCGGGAUGUUCUCCCGAAGGAGCCACGGAGAUGUGAAAAAGUCCACGCAGAAGGUGCUGGACCCCAAGAAGGACGUGCUGACCCGUCUGAAGCACCUGCGGGCGCUGCUGGAUAACGUGGAUGCAAGCGAUCUUAAGCAGUUUUUUGAGACCAACUAUUCUCAGAUAUAUUUCAUCUUCUAUGAAAAUUUUAUAACACUGGAAAAUAGUUUGAAGUUAAAAGGGAAUAAUAAAUCACAAAGGGAGGAGCUGGACUCCAUCCUCUUUCUAUUUGAAAAAAUACUGCAGUUUCUACCUGAACGAAUUUUCUUUCGAUGGCAUUACCAGAGUAUAGGCUCAACUUUAAAGAAGCUUUUACACACUGGAAAUUCUAUUAAGAUAAGAUGUGAAGGAAUCAGACUAUUUCUUUUGUGGCUUCAAGCACUUCAGACAAACUGUGCAGAAGAGCAGGUGCUGAUUUUCGCUUGCCUAGUGCCUGGUUUCCCAGCGGUCUUGUCAUCCAGGGGUCCCUGCACACUGGAGACACUCAUCAACCCUAGCCCUAGUGUAGUUGAUGCAAAAAUAUACCCAGAGGAAAUCACCCCACUUCUGCCAGCCAUAUCAGGGGAGAAGAUUGCUGAGGACCAAACCUGCUUUUUUCUUCAAAUACUGUUGAAAUACAUGGUUAUUCAGGCUGCAAGCUUGGAGUGGAAGAAUAAAGAGAAUCAAGAUACUGGUUUUAAAUUUCUUUUUACGUUGUUUCGAAAGUAUUAUCUUCCUCAUUUGUUUCCAUCAUUUACUAAGUUAACCAACAUCUACAAACCUGUACUUGAAAUUCCCCAUUUGAGACCAAAGCCAGUAUAUGUUACUGUAACUCGAGAUAAUGAAACAAUUUACAGUACAAAAAUUCCAUACAUGGCAGCUCGUGUUGUUUUCAUUAAAUGGAUUGUAACUUUCUUUUUGGAAAAAAAGUAUCUAACUGCAACACAAAACACUAAAAAUGGAGUUGAUGUAUUGCCUAAAAUCAUCCAGACUGUUGGUGGUGGUGCAAUACAAGAGAAGGUGCCAGAGCUGGAUGGUGCUGGGUCCACAGAGCAGGACAAAAGCCAUUCUAACAGCAGCACCUUGUCUGACCGAAGACUCAGCAACUCCAGUCUUUGUAGCAUUGAAGAGGAGCAUCGGACAGUGUAUGAGAUGGUGCAGCGGAUCCUCCUGUCAACACGGGGUUAUGUGAAUUUUGUGAAUGAAGUAUUUCGACAGGCAUUUUUGUUGCCUUCCUGUGAGAUAUCUGUAACAAGAAAAGUAGUUCAAGUGUAUAGGAAAUGGAUCCUCCAGAACAAACCUGUGUUCAUGGAGGAACCAGAUAAAAAGGAUGUUGCUCAAGAAGAUGCUGACAAAUUAGGACUUUCAGAGACUGACUCCAAGGAGGCCUCAUCUGAAAGUUCUGGUCAUAAACGGUCAUCCAGUUGGGGACGCACGUAUUCCUUCACAAGUGCCAUGAGCAGAGGAUGUGUGACAGAGGAGGACAACACAAAUGUGAAAGCUGGGGCCCAAGCUAUGUUGCAGGUCUUUCUUACGAAUGCUGCAAAUGUCUUUUUGCUGGAACCCUGUGCCGAAGUUCCCAUGCUCCUGAGAGAACAAGUAGACGCCUCUAAAGCUGUUCUGAUUAUUUUUCGGCGGAUGAUAAUGGAGCUUACAAUGAAUCAAAAGACAUGGGAGCAGAUGUUGCAAAUCCUUCUCAGGAUAACAGAAGCUGUCAUGCAGAAGCCAAAGGAUAAGCAUGUAAAGGACUUGUUUGCCCAGAGCUUGGCAGGGUUGCUCUUCAGGACACUUAUUGUGGCUUGGAUCCGAGCAAACCUCUGUGUGUACAUUUCUCGCGAGCUCUGGGAUGACUUUCUCAGGGUGCUGUCAUCCCUUACGGAAUGGGAGGAACUCAUCACUGAAUGGUCUAACAUCAUGGAUUCCUUGACAGCCGUGCUUGCGAGAACUGUGUAUGGAGUAGAAAUGACAAACCUACCUCUAGAUAAGUUAAGUGAACAAAAGGAGAAGAAGCAGCGUGGCAAAGGUUGUGUCCUAGAACCCCAAAAAGGAACCGCUGUUGGGAGAUCCUUUUCUCUCAGCUGGCGUAGCCAUCCAGAUGUGAAUGAGCCAAUGAGAUUCAGAAGCGCCACCACAUCUGGAGCACCAGGAGUGGAGAAGGCAAGAAAUACUGUCCGUCAAAAAGCAACUGCUAAGCGAAGCCAGUCUAUCAGCAACUGUGUCCACCUCUCUGAGGCUUUGCCUGCUACUAAAAGCGUCCCGCUCCUCCUCCAUACCGUGAGCGCUCUCUUACCUGGUCUCUCUUACUCCUCUUGCUCUCACAGGCUGUCAGAAGUGGAGGAGUUCCAACAGGCAGAGAGCACCGCUGCAGCUGACUGUGACUAUCUUGUGGUAGGACAGCAGCAGGUGCCCCGGAGCAGCAGCACCUCUGACAUCACUGAGCGCCUGUACUCAGACUCCUCUCAAGGUCAAAAGGUAGAACAUUCGCAAAAUUUAAGCUCUUCAGAACCCAAGUCUGUUGAAGAGAGUAAAGGACAUGUGACUCAUGAACAUGAAGGAAUAACAAUGUUGGUUCGAAGGAGCAGCAGUCCUGCUGAGCUGGAGCUGAAGGAUGAUUUACAGCAGACACAUGGAAGAUGCAGGGAGAGACAGAAAAGUGAAAGUACUGGUAGUGACACAGUUGUGGGCUACAGCAAUGAAGCAGAGCUACCCGUGAGCCCGUGGCAGGCCUGUGAGGAGGACCCGGACCUGAGCACUCCCACAGAUGCUGUGGCUGACUCUGAUGCCCGCCACUGGUUACAACUGAGUCCUACUGAUGCUUCAAACUUAACAGACAGCAGAGAAUGCCUUGCAGACGACUGUAGCAUUAUUGCUGGAGGAAACCUCACUGGUUGGCACCCAGACUCCGCUGCUGUGUUAUGGCGAAGAGUCUUGGGAAUCCUUGGAGAUGUGAAUAACAUCCAGUCGCCGAAGAUCCAUGCCAAAGUUUUUGGCUAUCUCUAUGAACUGUGGUACAAACUGGCCAAGAUACGAGAUAAUUUAGCAAUAAGCCUGGAUAACCAGUCGUCUCCAUCUCCUCCUCUCUUGAUCCCACCACUCAGAAUGUUUGCAUCAUGGCUAUUUAAGGCUACAACUCUGCCAAAUGAAUACAAAGAAGGCAAACUGCAAGCUUACAAACUGAUCUGUGCCAUGAUGACCAGACGCCAGGAUGUUCUGCCAAACUCUGACUUCCUGGUGCAUUUUUACCUUGUGAUGCACCUGGGAUUAACCAGCGAGGACCAGGAUGUCUUAAACACCAUCAUAAAAAACUGCUCACCCCGCUUUUUCUCCCUGGGUUUGCCUGGCUUCUCAAUGCUGGUGGGGGACUUUAUCACUGCUGCUGCCAGGGUCCUCAGUACAGACAUGUUGGCGGCACCCCGUUCAGAAGCUCUCACUCUCCUUGGUUCCCUUGUCUGCUUCCCAAAUACCUACCAGGAGAUCCCUCUGCUGCAGUCAGUGCCAGAAGUGAGUGAUGUUGUCACGGGAGCUGAAGACGUCAAGCAUUACCUCAUAAAUAUUUUACUGAAGAAUGCUACCGAGGAACCAAAUGAAUGUGCAAGAUGCAUCGCCAUUUGCUCCCUUGGGGUCUGGAUCUGUGAAGAGCUUGCACAGAGUGCCAGCCACCCUCAGGUGAAGGAUGCCAUCAAUGUGAUAGGUGUAACUUUGAAGUUUCCUAACAAGAUCGUGGCUCAGGUAGCCUGUGAUGUUCUUCAGUUGUUGGUUUCCUAUUGGGAAAAGCUUCAGAUGUUUGAAACUGCUCUACCGCGCAAAAUGGCAGAAAUUCUUGUGGCCACAAUUGCAUUCCUUUUACCAAGUGCAGAGUACUCGUCAGUGGAAACAGAUAAAAAGUUUAUUGUGUCCUUGCUCCUUUGUCUCUUGGACUGGUGCAUGGCGCUGCCCGUGAGUGCCCUCCUCCACCCUGUGUCCACAGCAGUUCUAGAGGAGCUGCACCCAUCCCGGGCCCCCUUGCUGGAUUAUAUCUACAGGGUUCUGCACUGCUGUGUCUGUGGCUCGAGCACAUACACACAGCAAAGCCACUAUACUCUGACCUUGGCUGACCUGUCAUCCACGGAUUAUGACCCCUUCCUACCUCUGGCAAAUGUGAGGAACUCCGAGCCAGUCCAGUAUCAUUCAUCAGCAGACCUGGGGAACCUGCUGACCGUGGAAGAGGAAAAGAAGAGAAGAAGUGUGGAAUUGAUCCCCCUCACUGCACGAAUGGUCAUGGCCCACCUAGUGAACCACCUAGGCCACUAUCCACUGAGUGGGGGUCCUGCUGUGCUGCACAGCCUGGUCAGUGAGAACCAUGACAAUGCCCAUGUGGAAGGAACUGAGCUGUCCUCGGAGGUGUUCAGGAGCCCAAACCUGCAGCUCUUCGUAUUUAAUGAUAGCACCCUCAUCUCCUAUCUUCAGACACCAGCAGAAGGACCAGCUGGAGGGACUUCAGGGGGUUCCCUCUCAGAUGUGAGAGUCAUUGUGAGAGAUAUCUCAGGGAAGUACUCUUGGGAUGGCAAGGUUUUAUAUGGACCUCUGGAAGGCCGUUUGGCACCCAGUGGAAGGAAGCCCUCAUUUCAGAUUUCUGGCUGGCAUCAUCACACGUGUGGACCUCAGAAAGAUUUGUUUCACAGUGAGGAAGGAGAUGAUGUGCUUGACAAAUUACUUGAAAACAUUGGCCAUACAAGCCCCGAAUGCCUUUUACCAUCACAACUAAAGCUAAAUGAGCCUUCCCCAACCCCAUGUGCAAUGAACUGGGACCAAGAGAAGGCAAUCAUGGAGGUCAUCUUGCGCCAGAGCGCACAGGAAGAUGAGUAUGUGCAGAGGUAUAACUCGGAUUCUUCAGUAACGGUCACCAGCCAAGGGCAGCCCUCACCCGUGGAGCCCCGGGGACCCUUUUAUUUCUGCAGGUUGUUGCUUGAUGACUUGGGAAUGAAUUCCUGGGACAGAAGGAAGAAUUUUCAUUUGUUGAAGAAAAAUUCAAAAUUAUUGAGAGAGCUAAAGAAUCUGGACUCGCGUCAGUGCCGCGAGACCCAUAAGAUUGCAGUGUUUUACAUUGCUGAAGGGCAAGAAGACAAGUGUUCCAUUCUAGCCAAUGAAAGAGGAAGCCAAGCAUAUGAAGACUUUGUUGCUGGUCUUGGAUGGGAGGUGGAUCUCUCAACCCACUGUGGGUUUAUGGGUGGUCUUCAGCGCAAUGGCAGCACAGGACAGACAGCCCCUUACUAUGCUACCUCGACCGUGGAAGUAAUUUUCCACGUUUCCACUCGGAUGCCAUCAGAUUCAGAUGAUUCGCUCACCAAAAAGCUCCGUCACCUGGGGAAUGAUGAGGUCCACAUCGUCUGGUCUGAACACUCCAGGGACUACCGCAGGGGUAUUAUCCCAACAGCCUUUGGAGACGUUUCCAUCAUUAUUUACCCAAUGAAGAAUCAUAUGUUCUUUAUCACGAUAACGAAGAAGCCUGAGGUUCCAUUCUUUGGGCCUCUGUUCGAUGGAGCUAUCGUGAGUGGGAAGCUGCUGCCAAGCCUUAUCUGUGCCACGUGCAUCAAUGCCAGCAGAGCGGUGAAGUGCCUCAUCCCACUCUAUCAGAGCUUCUACGAAGAGCGAGCUCUGUAUCUGGAAGCAAUAAUUCAAAACCACCGGGAAGUCAUGACAUUUGAGGAUUUCGCUGCUCAAGUCUUUUCUCCCUCUCCCAGCUACUCUCUCAGUGGAACGGAUUAAAAUACAUACUGGUCUCAUUGCGAUGCUUGAGCAAGGGGUCUUGACCUCCAGCCUGAGUAUGGACCCCAAGAAAAUCCUCCAUGUGGAAGAAAGGCACAGAUUUCCCCUGAUUUCUGCAGAACCCUCAAAAUCUAGACUUCGGGAACCUGCCACUGUGCCAGCACAUGUAGCAAGCCUCCCUGUGGUUUGGCCCCCAAGGUCAGAGGCAAUCUAGUUUGUGUGGAACCUUCAAGCAAGGCUGUGUCCCUCUUGUCUUGGAAUCUCACCAACCAAGCCUUGGGUAUCAGAAGAAGAAAAGAAAGUCACCAUCAACCAGGAACAAACCUGUUGUCAUAUGGGCAAUGGAGAAGUCUGAAGUCUCUAGGCAGAAUACAGUAGCAAAAGGUUUGGGGCCCACGGGGAAGGGGCAAAGGGCACUUGUCUGUAUCGACGAAUCAUUUUCCUUUCAUUUAUACUCCCAAGCUUGAUUCCCAAAAGGGCUGACAAAAUAACUGUGUAAUUGUUGGAGGAAUUUCCUCCAUACUGAUUUUGCUAAUCCUCAUGUUAGGAUUUAUAGUUUACUCAAAAUUUCAUCAUUAUGGAAACUGGCUGUCCCCAGAGUCUUCUCCCACAGGAAGUUUCACCUUCACCAUUGAACCUUUUCCACCUGGAGCUGAGGCCCCACUGACUUAAGAUUCUCCUGACAACAUAGAGUUCUUUCAGGUGAUGUUCCCACACAGAGCAAGCAGAGGGCAGGGGGCAGGGGGAGUGACCAUGCAUGAAAAUAUGGGAGUAUCCACAUGAGAGCACUAAGCAGAUGGAUAGCACCCUUGCCCAGCCCUGCCUAGCCCAGCACCACACACAUCAAUACACAUGAUUAGUGCCUGCUCCAGCUCCAGGGCUGACCCAACAUCCCCAUUGUGUCCAGUGCUCCUGAAAGCUCAUCUGCAGUCUUCUUCCUGACUGCUGUUCAGAGUCCAAGACAGGCCUCAGAAACAGUACUUGUCACAUGAGUUUUAGGGUACAGAUUCCAGGCAGUAGAUUUGAUCCUUACACACACACACACACACACACACACACACACACACACACACACACACAUCAAAUUUUAUAUAUUGACUCUAAGAAAGGUGUGUUGUGCCUUUUAGGGAUGGGAAGGAAGGAAGGAGCUAAAUGUGCCCCUUACUGGACAUGACCAUCUUGGACCUUAGAAUCCGGCAACUAAGCAUUCCCAGGGAAGACUUCUGUGUGGUCACACACACACACACACACACCCAUGCUUCUGUCCUGGCGCUGUCUCACAGCUCCAGUUUUGCUUCCCUCCCUGCUCUACUUGAGAGCAAAACAGAAAAUGCAGCAGAGACCUUCCUGUGCUGCAUGGUCCUGCUAUAUGACGCCAUUCCCAGUGCACAUAUCUAGAUGAGCCCUUCACUCAAAGCAGGAAAGCAGCCAUAGAGGAUAGACUCAAGGGGCUCAGGCAUGGGAGAGUGUCCUGGCUGUGGCCACCUCUCUACCUUCCUCUGCCUUCUGAUCUCACACCUAGCCUGCUUUCACUUCUCUCAGCCUGCUUACCCACCUCAUCAGUGUCCAUUCCCAGAGAAGCCAGCCUUUUAUAUCUACUACAGAACUGAUUUGGCUGCUACUAACCUUGGAAGAAAAAAGAAUGGAGCCAGAAGCCAUAUUCAGUCUUGUAUAGUGAGUAAGAAUUCUGAGAGUGUUCUAGGAACACCUUCCCACUGCAGGGAGACCCCGUCCUCCUGCUGUGAAGGGAAUACAGCAGCCUCUCAUGCCAGGCCCACAGACAGAAGCACCAAGGUCAGAGAGGGCAGGGCAUUGCAAAGCAGAAAAGGGGCCCUGUGUGCUGUCUUCUUGGGGACCAGGAUGUUCACUUAUUGGAGGUUGAUGGUGAUAGAAAGGAAAUAGGCUGUCAUGACAUUUCCCAUUGUGUCAGUGAAACCUUGAUUCUUCUCUCUCUCUCUCUCUCUCUCUCUCUCUCUCUCUCUCUCUCUCUCUGUGUGUGUGGCCAGUAUUGCUCAGACUUCUAUUAUUGAUCUGUUACUUUGGUGUUUACAAAGUACCCAGACUUGGCUCCUGCAGAAAGCGCUUCCCAAGUCCUGGCACUAAAGGCCCCUGCAGCACUGGUCAUAAAGUCCCUUCUGCGGGAACACUUCUCUUCAGCCCCAUAAACCCCUGUGGUGAAAUUCCUGCCAUUUUGCAAGUCUUUCAUUUUCCUCUUUUUCAGUCGUAACAGAACCCAGGGCCACAACCCAGGUCCCAGAGGUCCUGUUUAACUCACAGAUGUCUCUUCAUAAUUUCAUUUGCUUCCACAAGCCCUCAGACUUGGAGUGAGAAAUUCAAUUGGAGGUAGCAAAUAAUUUGAACUUCUUGUAACCUAAUGAUUUUACCAACCCCACACCCAGGUUGACAGCAGCAGUUUAUGCCUGUUUAUGUUUUACUUAUUUAUUUAGUCCAUGGGUCUUGGGUUGGUAAUAACUCUGGUUAGAGACCUAAGAGCUGGAGACUGGGGACUCUGGCAGCCAUGUUUGAUUGCAUCCAGCAGCUCUUGUUAUUUAGGGUAGAAAAUUGAAAUGAUCAAGUUUGGUGUUUCCUUUUGUCAGUUAGAAAAGCAAAUAUUGUGUUUUCAUAAUAAAUGUCUUUUAGCAAAAUGGCUAAGGGUCACUCAUCUGGUGAGACCCAAGAGCCACUUGUCACAUUAGUAUUAGUAGGUCAGCCAUCUGUGAUAAAGGUGUCCCUAAUUACCACAAAGUGUGGUAAGACUCUCUGGGUUCCUGCAGGGCCUGGCCAGUACCCACCCUUCUCUACAUGCUGACUUCCUGAUAUCCAUAAAGAGGGAAACUGAUGUUUAUAGUCUUGUUGAUUAGACUUUCAUGCUGUAAAAAUAAAAAUAAAAAAGUAACCCCACAAAACUUGGAUGUUUUAAAAUAUCCAGACCUUCAGCAGACUGAAGAAAAGAAAUGUAGCCUGGUGAGUGACUCCCAGAGUCCUCAGCAGCCACGCUGGCAGGUCUUGAGAGCCGCAGGAAUGGACUCUGACUCUGCCAUAUGCUGUUUAGUAGGACCCUUAGCCUUAUUAGGAGAUCACAGAGCUCCCGAGAGCCAUGCAAACCCUGUCUUCCUGACUGUCCUCAGGUGUCCCUUCCUUUUCUCCACUGACCUGUGGUGGAGGUUUGAUGAACCCGCUAAACCUUCCUGUGUGUCUUACAUGUAGCUGUACCACUCCAUACUUACCGAAGGGGAUGUCACAUCUAAGGGAAGCUCGCCCAGAGACACCCAUGCUUGUAUUUGUACUCAGUUCUAUGUAUAUGACGUACGCCGUAAGCAGACAUUUCCUUAGUUUCAGGUCUACAAUAUUUAGUAUGUGUAAAUAGGGGGACAUUUGAUAGAGAUGAUAAAUUAAGUUAUAGCAUGUCAUUUGAUUGUUCUGAGGUCUCUUGUUAUUUAACUUCCCAGUGCUGCACAACUAAGUUGUUCUGAGGGGCGUGGUUGGGUGAACCUCCAAACCUUGCCCCCCUUGUCAGGAGUGUACAUGUGCACUAGGGACACACUCCAUAAAGGCAGCCAUGCUGGGAAAACACUUAGCUCCAUAAUGGUGCCACUCAACUCCAGCUUGCUCUUUUUUGUUCUGAUUGACCGUGAUGAGUUGAGGGGUGAGAAACACGGCACCUAGGUGCUACAUGUUUCUGACAUUCUCAUAGUCUGUAGAAAAUAAAAGUUUAUCACACCAUCUAAUAAAAAUACCGAUUUGAUUUUUUUUUCUUGAACAAAGCUAUUCAAAAGCAUUCUGUAAACCAAAGCCAACAGAAGUGUCCAAUAUGGUAGUUGAUCCCAUUCAGAGAGCUUACAUGUGCUCCUGUAGAAUUCCUUCCUGGUUCAUAGUAUGGAAUGCUAACAUCCAGCUGCCAGAGGACCUGCAGCCUCUGAUGGUCACAACCUUCUCUGCAUAUGUGGUUCCUCAAAACACCCUGUCCUCCAUCUGUCUUCUUACCUACUUAGACUCAUCCAGUCUUUAAAUAAGGCAUGAGAAGGCCAGGAUGGUCUGUUUCUACAACUGGUGUAUAGCCUCACAAGGACCUUUGCCCCCUGCUCUGUCUUUUCUAGGCAGCCUCCUGUACUAGCUAGAGUCCCUGCCCUAAGGAGUAAAGAGUAUUUGAGGACUUUGUAAAAAUUACAUAUUUUGCAACAUGUAAUUUGGAGUACUUCUAUUGUGGCUGAAGUCAGGUAUUGAUAUUUCCUCCCUCGGGACUUCAGCAAUCACACUGCAUCCUAUCCCAUGGUCUCUGAGACCACUCCAUGGUCCAGACAGUAGUGAAUUCUCAGAAUGCUGAAUAACCAAGUUUGUAAACAAGUUUGUUCACUUGUUUCUGUAGCCAAUGCUUGCUGAGUACCCAUUACUUACAGAACAUGUUGGUGUCCUGGGGUGUCAAGUGCAAAGCAGAACCUGAAUUGACCUGAAUUCUUUUUAACUUAACUGAUAAUCAAGAGCUCACGUAGAUAGUCCCUUCUAGGAACAACACAAGUUCUGCGAACCAGAAGCAGUACUUCUCUGCCUUCUGAAUCAUUUAGGCUCCACUAAGGAUUCAGACUCCUGCCUCACUUCCUCCCAGAAUAGAACUAAAGCAUCUGCAUCCCUCAAGCUACCCAGAAGGUGAUGGAUGCCCAAGGAUCAUUUGGGGAGCCAGAGGAGCCCCAUUGAUGGUACUGAAGGCAGUCUGAAUGUGUCUGUGGAGAUGGGUGGCCACCGCUCUACACCUGCUCCUUGGAGCUGAGUUCCUCCCUCUUGCUAACCUUUCAGCUUGGCAGAUGGCCUUCCAGAAUUCACAGGGAGUGUUCCUCUGGGGUCAUAUUGGGAUGCCUUUCAGAUAUGGAAAUGAACACUUGAAACAUAAAGGCUGUUGUCACUAUUGUC